GCCCUGUUCUCCUUCGAGGCCGGCCGCCGCUGCGACUCCGGCGAGGGCAUCUUCACCUGGGCCACCAGCCGGGCUGCGGAGCUGUGCAACCUCGUCUCCGCAGCCAUCGCCCACCAGAGCAGCAGCUUCCUGGACAGGAACAGCACCCAAGCACCGGAGCCUCUGAGCUCCAGGCAGGGAACGGAGCCCAGGCUCUGGAGCUCCCAGAGCCUGGAGGAAGCGCUGCCCACCUGGGCCCUAGAGGGUGCAGGGAGGCCGCCCCUCCCUGCGGGGCUCUGUCCAGAGAGCGGACAGGCCCUGCCCUGCACCCUGGAGCUGGGAGGCCGUGUGGGGACAGGAGCUGAGCCCCCCAUCGUCUAUGCCUCCAUCCACAGAGGCCUGCAGCCCUCGCUCAAGCCCUGGGGCGAGGCCAAGGUGGAGCAGGGAGUGGCCAGGGCGUCCCGGGGUCAGGGGCUCCCAGCUUCGGAGCAUCUCUACGAGAACCUCUGCGCCCUGGGGCGCUCCUGCUCCAUGGAGGAGGGGCCCUCAUGCCUGGGCUCCAGGGGCUCCCCGGAAGGGAGCAGCACUGACCUGGCUCCCAUCUACGACAACAGCUCCAUGGUGUCCAAGCGCUGGAGCAGCCCCCUGGCUCCCAGCACGGGGCCCAGCCCCUCCCUGGAGGCCCAGUACAGGCGGCUGCUGGACCAGGACGGGCAGGAGCGAGGCGAGGAGGAGGAGGAGGGGGAGGAGGAUGCCCUCGUCAGCUCCCUCCCCAGGGCCAGAGCUAACAGUGGCUUCAGGAAGUUAGUCACUCUCCUCAGCCGAGAGGUGGCCCCCAAGGGGCCUGGCAAAAGCUCCAGUGCCCUGGACAAGGCCUAGCCCCCCAUGCUGGGCAGCUCCAGGCACAGGCUGGCGGUGAGGGGGGCAUGCAGCUCCCCCCACACUGAGAUUCACCCUAGCACACGGCCGUGUCAGCCAAGGGCAGCCCCCAGCUCUCCCCUGCCCCAGGACUCCUGGGUUCCUCAGGCAGGUGCCGGGGUGAGGCUGUCAUUCCAGCAGGAUGGUGGCUGCUCCCAAGCCUGGCACAGGCUGACUCUGCCCUUGGCACCUGGGCCCCUCCACAGGGGCAGGGACGGAUUCUGUACAGACCUGAACUUCCCCUACGAGGGGGGGUGGGAGGGACUGAGCCAGCGUGACCUCAUGCCAGGGUGGG